GGACAGAGCUGGGAAGCGCAACUAAACAUGUGGAAACGAGUGGAGUUGAGUUGACUGCGUUGAGCUUUCGGAAGCUGAGUGACUAACAGAGAGCUUAGCAUUGGACAGGAGGCUGGAAAAAGAGCUGCGGCUCCAUGAAGCCCAACCCCAUCUGAGAGAGCAGAGGUCAGAGAGAGAGAGCAGGAGGGGGGAGUGACAGAAAGGGUCUCUGUGACAUUGCUCGGUCAGUAGAUGGUAAACAGAGCCUGGAGUCUUCUGUCAUGCUGAGCUGCCCUUCUCCUCCUCGAGGGGCGAGAACCGAACCCGCUAAUGCUUCGUGAUCCGGGGGUCUUAGAACCCUAGUCACUCUGAUCGAGGCGGGAAAGCCCCCGCAUACUGGAGCAUAGUAAUUAGGCAAAGUCCAAUCUGUGCCGAUUUUGGUGGUGGUGUACAGAGGAGACCAUGGAGAGGAACUCCUGGCCUUGUUAUGAGAAGCGUUCAGAAACAUCGAAGAUGGACACACAGUUCGGCUUGAUAACAACACUUAAAAUCUAAUACAAACCCUGGAGGUCCUUGAUUGAUGCCAGUCGGGCACAGCACAGCUUGUGGACAGUUGGCCCUAUUGACUUUGCCAUGCGACGGGCACAGUUUCCCUCAAGAGCCACUCCAGAGAGAAUUGUGAUGCCCUCUGCCGGGGCGUCGGACCGACGUUCGGACCUUCCGGGCCAGGAACGGCCGGCUCCGGGGCCUCCCGUCUUCCUGCGUAAGCUCAAGCGCGGCGCCGUGGGGACCGGGUGUGACGUGCGUCUCCGGGUGUCGGUUGGAGGCCACCCCGAGCCCGUGCUGCACUGGUACCAUGACGACCUGCCGGUGGCCAGCGACGAGCGGGACCCAGGAGGUCUGUGGAUCAGGGAUUGCCAGCCGACGGACAGAGGCCUGUACACGUGCGUGGCGGUCAACGCUCUGGGGGAGGCCAGGAGCAGCGCCGUGCUGGCUGUGCUCGACCUGGGAGAGGACUCAGAGAAUACCGAGGAUGAAACAGCAGAAGGACAGGUCCCCAUGGAGGCCAAAGAGAAAGGCAAAGGAGCACACAGCCAGACAGGAGUCAAAAUGGCGGAUCGCUCAUCCGAGCCGUACGGUCAUGACCGCAGAGCUGUCCAGGACCCCGUGGUGGGGCGGGAGGUGUUCCCUCUCGGCUCCAGACCCCCCGGCCUGGUGGACCCCUCUCAGCCUGGCAGGAACCAAGUGGACACCCUUUUAAAGGACAACACCCCCAGUGCUCUGUUCCCACUGGGCAAAACCAAACCAAGCUCAUCCUUGCCUGGUCAUGAUGAGCCUGGACCCGACACUUCUCUACCUAGUGACAGUGGCCAGCAGCAGAAACAGAACGUGGGAGGCCCCGCGGUCCGCCAGGAGAAGGCCGACAGUAUGACGAGAGCGAAAGGUUCUAAGUCGUCUGGGUCCUCCCACAGCAGCGAUUCGCAGGACUCGCGUAAAGACUCGCUGACCUGCCAGACUCCAAAGCUCACUCGGGCUGGCUCCAAGAUCUUCGACAAGGUCCGAGCUUUUGAGGAGCGUAAGCAGAGUGUGGACCCGCCGAAGGGGUCAUCGGCAAGUCGCCCCUGGGCGAUGUUUGGUCGGGCGGCAUCUGUCGACUCCGGAGAUGACCGGAACAAGCGAACUGCAGCCACAAAAGACCAAGGGACAUCGGACGUGGCUCUAAAGAGGUCCUUCUUCAAGCAGAAGGCCUCUUCGUUGGAGGAGGGUAGCAGCAACAGCAACUAUGCUCAGAAAGUCCAGAAUUUCCAGAGUAAAUUCACAGUGGAGCUCAAUCGCAUCAAACGUCUCGUCGGGAGGCCCAGCAUGAAAAAGGCUAUGUCCACCGAGCAGCUCUGCGAGACAGACAAGCAGUCCCUGGGUAAACUAGAGCCGAUCCCUCCUGAGGUCAUUCAGAAACUGCAAGAUCGGGAGCGAAGAUCUGAAAUGAGGGCAGCAGAGUCUGAAAAAGAACCAAUCCUCCACAACGUGGGUAAGAAACCUCACGAUCUGGAACAAAGACCAGAACGCAGGUUUUCAGAGUCUGAAAAAGAACCAAUCCUACCCAACGUGAGUAAGAAACCUCACGAUCUGGAACAAAGACCAGCACGGAUGUUUUCAGAGCCUGAAAAAGAACAACGGGCUCCACAGAAACCAGUCAGAACACAAAGCGAAUUGCAGAGUGGAACAGAAGACAAGCAGCCUCUGAAAGACCAGGUUGCUCCAUGGCGCUCUGGAGCGUCUAAGAAACACACCGGGAAAGACACACUGGUCGGGAAAACCGAGACAGAUGGCGGCGCCAAGGCCAAACCUCGGAUAUUCCCUGCAAUCCAACUCCCAGGCCAGUGUUCACCCAGACUUCCACGCAAAAGUCCAACCCGAGACUCUCCCACCCUGCCUAGUCCCCAGCCUCUCCAAGAGACGCCACACAACCAGGAGACUGAGCAGCCAGUUCCAAAGAAAGAGCGAAAGUCUUCGAGCCCUCGUUUACAGAGGGUGUCUACACCUACGAAAGAUGUACCAGUCCCUCCGAAGCCACCACGGAUGGCCAGCUCAGUGCAGCCUUCACAGCCUGCACCUGUCCCAACACCACAGAGCGCUCCGGAGAAGAAACCAACAAGAGGUCUUUCCGCAGGGUUGAAACUGACCAUCCCCACUAUUGUUGUUGAGGAUGAACCCAUGGAAGAGGAGGAUGACGAGGAAGAAGAAGAGAGGAUAGAGCAUGACCAAAGGAGGACAAGAAGGCCAGUAAGGAAAGGAAGAAGCCCAAGGAGUCGGGGCAAGGCGCAUCACGAUCGUCCAACGUCUCCAGAACAAGCGGACUCCUCCGACGAUUCCUACAUGUCAGCCGAGGAGGCCCCGGACGAGGGUCCCCACUUCCAGACGCCCCUGAGGGACGUAGAGGCCUGCACUGGGGACGAGGUUCAGCUCAAGUGUGUCAUCGCUGGAAGCCCCCUCCCGCAAGUGAGGUGGAGGAAAGGGGAUACAGAGAUCCGAGACAGCCCCACACACAUCCUGCAGGUGGAGGGGGAGCGAUUCUCUCUCACCAUCAUGCACAUGAAGCCCAGCGACGCGGGGACGUAUAACGUGACCGCCAACAACCGGAUGGGUCAGGCGUCCUGCUCAGCCACGCUCUUCGUCAGGGCAGAGCCAGUCCAGGGGCAUCGUGGGAAACUGAGUCUUCCUUUGGAUCCCCCAGGCAGCCCUGUCCUCUCUGAUGAGGAGUACCUGAGCCCCCUGGAAGAGGCUAUGGAACUGGACAAUGCCCCCUGGUCCCAGAGGACAGCACUGUCCCCUUUUAAAGAGCCCCCUUCUUUCCAGGUAACCUCAGGUGACCAGGCUGUGGUAGAGGGACAGGAGGUGACCAUGUCAGUUCAUGUAUGUGGACAACCCAAACCCAUGGUGUACUGGUUGAGAGACCGGGUAGCAAUUAAAACUGACAGCCGCCAUGUUGUUCAGGAACGGCCAGAGGGAAAAUAUGAGAUGAAAAUCAAAUCUGCACUGAAGUCAGACGCCGGAGUUUACACCUGCAAGAUCAUCAAUGAAUACGGCACUAAUCAGAAAGAGUGCAGAUUGGAGGUUUCUGCACCUUCGGGUCAGCCUGCCCUGGCCAUCAACAUACCGGUGCAGGACAUGUCAGUGAGGGCCGGCGAGACGGCCCUGUUUGAGUGUCACAUGGUUGGCCCACAGGAAGUGGAUGUGGAUUGGCUGGGCAAUGGGAAACUGAUUCAGCCUGCACUGCUGGACUGCAAGAUGCACUUUGAUGGGCGGAGGUGUCGCCUGCUGCUGCGCUCAGUACACGAGGACGACAGUGGGACCUACACCUGCAAACUCAGCUCGGCUAAAGAGGAGCUGGUGAGCAGUGCCAGUCUCAGAGUCAGUCCCUCCAGGGAGCCCCUGUUCACACGCAAGCUGGAUGUCCUUGAGGUCAUCGAGGGUCGCACCGCCCGCUUUGACUGCAAGGUCAGCGGGUCACCGCCUCCUGAAGUGACAUGGAGCCACUUGGAAAACUCUCUGCAGGAGACUGACAACAUCCGCAUCCUGAAGGAAGGGGGCCGCCACUCUCUGAUCAUCACACAGGUGACCCAGGAGGACGAGGGCUUCUACACAGCGACAGCCCAUAAUAUCCAUGGUGACACAGACAGCACAGCAGAGCUCUAUGUGCAGGAGCCCCGGCCAGCCAUCUCAUCACACAUGGCAAAGUUGGAGAAGAUGCCUUCCAUUCCUGAGGAGCCGGAGGUCCUGGAGUCGGAGGUGGAGCGGAGGACAAUGCCGGACUUCAUCACGCCUCUGCGGGACGUGGAGGUGGUGGAGGGCAAGGAGGCAGUGCUGAAGUGUAAGGUGUCUGGCAUGCCCUACCCCACUAUCAGCUGGUACCACAACGGCAAGAAGAUCGACAGCACGGACGACCGGAAGAUGACCCAGUACAGGGAUGUCCACAGUCUGGUCAUUCGCUCCGUGUGCCACGGUCACAAUGGCGUCUAUAAAAGUGUCAUCUCCAACAAGGUGGGGAAGGCUGCCUGUUACGCCCAUCUCUAUGUGGCAGACAUCCUUCCAGAGCCCCCAGAUGGUCCACCUGUGAUUGAGGCCAUCACUGGAAGAACAAUCACCCUGAGAUGGAGCAGACCCAAGAACCUGGAUCCAUCUAUUGAUCCCAACUCUUUGUUGUAUGCGGUUCAACAACAAGCCCUGGGCUCUAUCCAGUGGACCAUCAUAGCGUCUAACCUGAGAGAAACAUCCUACGUGGUGGCCUCCCUCUCCAAAGGAGCCCGCUACGCAUUCAGAGUUUUGGCAGGGACUGGAAAAGCUUUCAGCAAGCCAUCUCCACCAACAGACCUUGUUCAGCUCAUCGACAGAGGCCAGUAUUUCCGAAGAAGCCCAGAAAUUCUGGACAAGCCGGACACAGUGUAUGCUGUGGAGAAUCAGCCGGCCAGCAUGACCAUCACUCUUAACCACGUUCAAGCAACAGUCAGCUGGAAAAGGAGGGGGGCUAUAUUGCUUCACAAGCCUGGUGUGUGUGAGAUGAGCAUGCCAGAUGACGAUCAGCACUCCCUGAAACUGAUGCGGGUGCGCGUUGGAGACGUGGGCCAGUACACCUGCAUCGUGAGCAACGCAUACGGCAGUGACAUCUGCCAUGCACAACUGAUCCUCGCAGCGCCCCCUACCUUUGAGAGCAUCAUGGAGGACCUGGAUGUGUGUGUGGGUGAGACAACAAGGUUUGCAGUGGUCGUCGAUGGAAAGCCAGAUCCGGAUAUCCUCUGGUAUAAAGACAACACACUUCUGGCGGAAAGCAGCCACUUCACCUUUGUGUACGACGACAGGGAGUGCUCACUGGUGGUGCUCAAUGCUCGAGAGGAGGACUCAGGGGUCUACACCUGCAUGGCCAAGAACCUGGCCGGGUCUGUGAGCUGCAAGGCAGAGCUCACCGUGCGCACAGCCAAGAAAGUAGUGGAAGAGCCAAUGGAGGAUGAAGAGACUAUCUUGAGGAGAAUGCGGAGACUAACAGAUUAUUAUGACAUUCACAAGGAGAUCGGGAGGGGGGCAUUUUCCUAUGUGAAGCGGGUAACACUCAAAGCUGCGAAGAGGGAUUACGGAGCUAAAUUCAUCACAGCUCGAGCGAAAAGGAAAUGCUCUGCCCUGCGGGAGAUGUCUCUGCUCUCAGAACUGGACCACGAACGGAUCCUCUACUUUCAUGAUGCUUUCGAAAAGAAAAAUGUGAUUGUGCUCAUCACAGAACUAUGCCAUGAUGAGUUGCUUGAAAGAUUGACAAAGAGGACCACCAUUAUGGAAUCAGAGGUCCGUUCCAUAAUCAGGCAAAUACUAGAAGGUAUUGAUUAUCUUCACCAUAAUGAUAUCAUUCAUCUUGACAUCAAGCCAGAGAACAUUCUCAUGGCUGAUCGUAACAGUGACCAGAUUCGAAUCUGUGAUUUUGGCAGCGCUUUGAAGCUCACUCCCAACGACCCACAGUACAGCAAGUAUGGCACUCCAGAAUUUGUUGCUCCGGAGAUUGUGAGCCAAACACCCAUCUCCAAGGCAACAGAUAUCUGGCCCAUCGGAGUUAUAGCCUAUUUAUGCCUCACAGGUGUGUCCCCGUUUGCGGCGGAGAAUGACCGUGAAACACUACUCAACAUCAGGAACUACAAUGUGGCUUUCGAGGAGAGCAUGUUUGCUGAUUUGUGCAGAGAAGCCAAAGGAUUUGUCAUCAAGCUGCUGGUGUUAGACAGGCUGAGACCAGACACAGCUGAGGGUCUUCGGCAUCCUUGGUUUAAGACCUUGACUAAGGGGAAGAGUAUCAGUACAGCAUUACAUAAACAGGUCCUGGCAAGAAGAAAGUGGCAGAGGUCACUCAUCAGCUACAAGUCCAAAAUGGUGAUGAGAGCCAUCCCUGAGCUGCUGGAUGACUCCUCCAAGCACACAUCUAUUGCUGUGUCCAGACAUCUCAAGGAGAGUUCGCCACCACCAUCGUCCUCCUCCGACUCUGAUGGGGAAAUCGAUGAACUUCCCUUUAUCCCCAUGCCUAUGAAUAUGGUGUUCUCUGGCUCCAGGAUGUCCCUCACUGAGAUCACAGGGGAGGACGAUGUUUCGGAUGGUGUCGUACCGGCCAAAGGGAACCAUCACAGUGUGGAACCGAUGGAGUGUGAGCCCUCAGUGCCUGGGAAAGAUGGGGAGUCUGAAGAGGUGGGUACGGAAGGGGAGAAGCCCAGGAAGCCUCUUCAGAGAGGGUCGAGUGUGGAGGCUGAGGAGGCACGGAUCAAGUCCAGGAGGGCAACAAUGCGCAGAGGUAGCUCAGCCGACAGUGCCCUGCUCCUUCACGUCUCACCAGAAGAGGGCGCUACAGCAGAGGAGGCUGAGGAAGGCAGCUGUAGCCUUAAAAAGGCCGUCUCCAUGGAGCUCCCGAGACGGAGCCCAAGUCCAGGCCCGGGCAAGCUGAGCCAGGAGGACUACGCCCUGAAACUGGAGCUGAUGAGGCAGAGGCUCCUCCGAGGUGGAUCCGUGGACAAGAAGAUGAGCGGGUUACGCGGCCCUCUGCUGGAGACGCUAGGGGUGGACGACGAAAGACGGACGUCGUCCCUCGACCGCAACCUGCGCAGGGCAAGGAUGGGCGGAAUGACGAGGGCAUCCUCGACAGAGAGUCCCUCAGAGGGCUCCCCAAAGACGAAGGUGUUUCGUAAGAGCGCCUCGUUUAGUCAAGUUGACCCUGAAGCCACUCCACUGCACAGACGCUUUGGAGCGCCGCUGGAGAUCCCUAACACUCAGACAGGCCGGAAGGGAGAGCAGAAGCUGCAUGAAGCCGUAUCUAUGUCUGUCCUUACUGAGCAAACUAGACUAGAGUCAAGGCCUGAGUCUCCCACUGAGAUUAACUCUGUACCACCCACUCCUGACCCGGAACAGCAGGAAAGGAAACAGGAAGAAAGGUGGAUUCUGGGAAAUGAGAAGAUGGAUGAGGAACAACAAGAUGGGACAACAAUCUCUGAAUUUUCCCCUCAAAGUCAUGAGGAGGACAAUGUAUCCCUGUCCUCAUAUUCAGCAGUGAAAGAUUCUAGAUCUGUAGUUUCUCCUAUGAUUAAAUCUGAAAGCAGCAGUAGGAGAGAGAGUGUUGUGUCAAAAUCUGAAGAGGUUUCCAGCUCAAAUGAAGGUGAAGGAAAGUCAGAAGUUGAGUCGUCUGCAUCAACUCCCACUGAGAAGAAAAAAUCGGCCUAUGCUGAUGUGAUGCAAACCAUCACUGGGUUGCAACCCAAUGGAAAGCAGCCUCACGUCCCUACCGCCACCCACUCACGGACUCGCUCCAACCCUGAAACUAUCCUCCUACCUGAGCAUCCUGCCGUCUUCGCCAAAGUGGCCACGCCAUUUGCUCCCAUUCUCAGAACCGACAUCAAGGACAUUGACUCAGAGGAGGUUUUCGAGGCGAGGUUCAAAAAGCGUGAGUCAUCUUUAACUCGCGGCCUAAAGCGCCUGACUAGGACUAAGUCGGAGGAGAAGUCUCCGGUCAUGCCUCGCAAGCUGGGCGAGGAGAUCUAUAGACCUGGGCCCACCGGGGCUCCUCUGGAGAUGGUGUCCAGAGGACUUCAGGAGAAAUCCAAGUCAGUCCAGGACCUCAGGGAGGUGGACAAGGACCUUGGCUUGAUCGGCAGGUUCUCCAUGCGGGCAAAGAAGUCGUCUCUCGCUCCCAAGAAGGAGGAGAAGCCAAAGGACGAGUCAAAGGACGAAUCGGCUAGCAAACGCAGGGUGUCCUGGGCUCUGGGUCGCAGCAAGUCCGAGGAUAAAAAAGCGACGGAGCCCAUCAAGACAGAAGAGGAAGUGAAAGCAAAGAAGGAUGUCUCGGAGAGAGAUAAGCAGAAGGUUCCAGACUCACCUGUUUUUGCCAUGAGGCGCAGGUUUGAGUCAAAGGUGGCAGGCAUUUCGGAGAAAAUACGCAGUCGAUCGGAGGAAAGGAAGGAAACAAAAACCCUGAAACCAACACAACCAGAUGGCGACGCAUCUGAAGCUCCUACGGAAGAAACGAAACCAGAUCAGAAGAAGGUCGAUGAGUCGCCAGUUCUGGCCAUGAAGAAGAAGUUUGAAGCCAAGGUUGCUGGGAUCUCCAUGAAACUGCGAAGCCAGUCUGAAGAUAGGGAGGUGGAGACCGAGCCGAAGCCAGAGGGCAAGAGAACACCUCUUCUGUCCCGUCUUCGACAUUCCCAGUCGGAGGGUACGAGUCUGAAGAAGAUGGACAUCCCUGAAAACCAGCUUGCUGAACAAACGGGCAAAUUAGGUGGCAACGAGUCGGUGGAAUCCACCAACAGUGCGCAGGCUGACUUGAAAUCUUCUCAGACACCAGAGAAUGACCGCCGCUCCAGAUGGGAUCGAUGGGGUCUGUCAAGAGGCAAGAGAGGCAAAAGCCCCGGCCAGCUAAGCACUGCAUCAUCUGUCUCCAAGGAAGAGGAAGCUAAAAAUCAGGAGUACACGCGCUCUUCUUCAGACUUCCCUCCGGUUUUCCACAUUAAGUUAAGGGAUCACAUACUUCUGGAGGGUGACCCAGUGACGCUCAGCUGUCUUCCUGCUGGGAACCCAUUACCAAAGGUCAUCUGGAUGAAGGAUAAGAAACCAUUGGAUAUUGACAGUAGGAUGAACCUGAUGUCCAGUCCAGAUGGCAGACAACUUCUGAUGAUCCUGAACACUACCAAGAAGGAUGCCGGCCUGUACGAGUGUGUGGCCACCAACCCACUAGCAUCGGCCACUAGCUCCUGCACCAUCUCCCUGGCCUGUGUCCCAAAGCGACCUGGAACGCCAGAGGUUCCUCAGACGUACAACAACACGGCUCUGGUGCUGUGGAAACCGGCGGACACCAAACCUCCAUGCACGUACUCACUCGAGAGAAGGACAGAGGGUGAAACAAACUGGCUCAUAGUUGCUACGGGUUUGAUGGACUGUUACCACAAUGUGACAGAACUGCCCACCGGCAACACCCUAAGGUUUAGAGUGGCCUGUGUCAACAAGGCAGGCCAGGGACCAUACAGCAACACCUCUGGGAAAGUGUGCCUAGGCACAGGGAGGAGUGUGUUCACUAAGCCGGUGAAAGGGAAAGCCACCUCACAGUCUCCUGCGGCAGAUGUCCCCGCUCCACCUCCAGGCGCUGCUAUGGCAACCUGCUCCGUCGUCGUCCAGCGCAGUAAAUCCGUGCCUGCCGUGUCCCCAUCCUCACUGCCACAGGCUCUCCCAGCACCCUUCCCUACCGCUCAGAUCCCUGUCCAGAUCCCGUCCCGCGCGGCCACAGCGAGCCCCACCACGCCACCCGUGGUCACUCCUCUUCCUGCCCCGUCCUCUGCCACCAGAACCCCUCAUGUCUGGCCGCCCCGCAGAGCUUCUGAUGCCCAGUCACCCACUAACAUUCCUCACGUGCAGAGACAGACAGCUCUGCCAGCUAAUAGCGCGACAAACACAGCACUAGUCACACCCGCUCCCCAAUCGCCACCCGUGGUGAAACCCAUAGCGCCUUUGGUCCUGCCAAAACCGAAGAGUCCUGUGAAUGUAGUGCCACCCAUCACUCAAACCCCACCAGUGCCCCAGCCUGUGCCCACCACCACCAGCUCCCCUUGUGCCACCAUGCCUCUACCCUGCAGACCCAUCUCCCCAGUGCCCUCGUAUGUGCCAACCACCACCGCGCGCGUGGCACCUACUCCUGUCUCUCCCUCUGUAGUGUUGGUAAGCAGCAUGAGCCCCUUCGGAGAGGGGCCAACUACUCCCACCCCUCUCACCCCCACAGGCCAAGUGAACCCCUCCACAAAGGCCAGUGAGUCCAGCCUGAGGCAAGGGGUGCCUCAGAAACCUUACACCUUCUUGGAUGAAAAGACAAGAGGUCGGUUUGGGGUGAUCCGUGAGUGCCGUGAGAACGCCACGGGGAAAAUGUUCACGGCUAAGAUCGUGUCGUACGAGCAGGACACCAAACAGCAGGUGGUGCAGGAGUACCAGACUCUCAAGUCGCUGCACAACGACAGGAUCAUGGCUCUCCACGAGGCCUACGUCACCCCACGCUACCUGGUGCUCAUCACCGAAAACUGCACAGGGAAGGAGAUCCUCUACAGUCUCAUUGACAGGUUCCGCUACUCUGAGGAUGAUAUUGUGCAGUAUCUGGUAGGCAUCCUGCAGGGUUUGGAGUACCUGCACAGCCGGCGAAUUCUUCAUCUUGACAUCAAACCGGACAACAUCAUGGUCACCAAUAUGAACGUCAUUAAGAUCGUAGACUUGGGCAGUGCUCAGAGUUUUAAUCCCCUCACACUCAGAACCUAUAGCAGAGACCUAGCAACCUUAGAGUUCUCUGCUCCUGAGCUGCUGAAAGGUGACGUGGUGGGGCCUCCAGCAGACAUGUGGGGCGUGGGAGUACUUGUCUACAUCAUGCUGAGUGGAAGACUACCCUUCCAGGAAAAGGACCCAAAGCAGACUGAGACCAAAAUACUGGCAGCCAAGUUUGACGCCACAAAGCUGUACCCAAAUGUGUCCCAAAGUGCCUCCGCCUUCCUGAAGAAGACUCUCAAUGGCUAUCCCUGGUCGCGGCCCACCACGAAGGACUGCUUCUCCCACGGCUGGCUGCAGGACUCCUACCUGAUGAAGCUGCGCCGGCAGACGCUCACCUUCACCACGGCACGCCUCAAGGAGUUCCUGGGGGAGCACCAGAGGCGCCGCGUGGAGGCCGCCACCAAGCACAAGGUCCUCCUGCGAGCCUACCAGAGCGGGCCGCCGUCCCCCGCCUCCUCCUCCACCACACCCGUCACCCAGUGACCAGAGCUCUCGUCUGGGGUGUGUGAGCGGCUCUCUCCCCCUCCAACCCUUCAACCCUCUGGGUCUUACAGAGUACAGUGGGGACUGGAGAGGCUCAAGCAGGCUAGGCUGGGCCCAGCUGCAGAGACUCCUAUGUGUGAGACGGCAGUGUCAGCCCCCUAGAGCUGAGAUAGAGAGAGAAAAAAAGAGAGAGAGAGAGAGAGAGAGAGAGAGAGAGAGAGAGAGAGAGAGAGAGAGAGAGAGACGACGACGGAGAUGGCUGACAACCGAAAUACAGAUCAAACCAAGAUGGAUUUGAGCAGGAGUAAUGGAUUGCUUGUACUGGACCAUCUAAUUAGCUAAGUGUUCAUUCUGAUAGAGGAGUCUGCAGUUUUAUGACUUCCCUUUAGUCAUCCGAAUCUUCUUUUUUUUUUCUUUUUUUUUUUGAAGAUGAAGUAAAGGUUUGAUCGGAGCAAAGCCGGCACAUUUAAUUCAUUUCCUUGGCUGGCUCGCUAUCAAAAGGCAACCCAAGCAGGAUGUAAUUAAUGUUUUUAAAUAACGGUACAGCUGUUGGCUUAUAAGUCAUGUCAGAAAUUUUGACUAUGUAAGCGAUAUAUCACUAUUCAAAUCAAUGCUGACUUCAAAGACCCUUUUGAAUAGAUCUUGAUCGAUAAAAUGUAUUAAUGCGUGAUCCACAUUGUACUCAACUCAACUCUGGCACAACAGGUGAUUUUGGACCUUAGCGACUGGUUAGAGACUAAUACUGUACUUGACGUUACGCUGCUAUGUGUUGUGUAAGAAUUUCAGUUGCAGAAACCCACCAUAUGUUUACUUCCCUAAUUAUUUGCACCUUUUUGGUGAAUAUGUAAUAUACCUUUUAAUAUUUACAAACUGCACUCUCGUGUGCCACUGAGCUCAUUUUGGAUGUUGUGAACAGCUUCCUGGAUGUUGCAGCAACACUUGGUGACAUUUGUAACGGCCUUGUUUAAAUACUCUUAAUUUUACAGUUUGUACAUGAUUUUGAGUGUUUUUGAUAGAGACAUGUUUCUAUGGACAGAAGAUUAUUGGAUACUACAGGAGAGCCAGUGGUUGUUCUCUUGUACACAUUUCUCCUGACCGUUACACAGCUAAAGGCCAAUGCCCACUGGCGACGACAUUCUCGUCUAUGGAUUUGACACUUAAGAGAUAGAAUCAUUUUCUAAACGGUGGCGUUACUUGACGCCAGUGGGCGUUGGCCUUAACAGAGUUGAUUCCUCAAAGGUGUCAUCAAGUACCAAAAUCAGCCACUGACUAGACUAGAGAAAAAAUUCUCCAGUCAAGGAAAAGGUAAUAAACUUUCAUGUCAAAAAAUGAUUUUCCAAGCACACUUAACAUCAGAUUGAGACACAGAGAUGACACUGACCGUGCAGUGUUUUACUAGACAUGCAAACAUGGGUGAAGCAAAAUGUAGAUAUUUUCAAUAUGGAAAAGCCUUGUGUAUUGUCAUAGGUUUGCAUAGGGUACUUUGUAGGUGGUCCUUCAUGGAGAGUUAUCAUUAUAUUGUCAUGUGAUUCACAUACAGUGGUGUAUUCUUAUCUAAUGGAAGCUGCUAAUACCACACAUUGAAUGCAGUUAUUAAUGUGAAUAAAAUAACUCGUAGACAAUGCUGUUGUUAAUUGUUUGUUAAUAUAAAACAAUGCAUUGAAUAAUGUUAAUGAAGGGAUUCUAGAUGGUGGUAAGAUAAGUUAUUAACGUAAAACCAUCAACUUCAGUAUUUUACCAGACUCCUGGUGGUAGCAAUUUACAUAAAUUGCUAGUGUGAGGAUAAGAAUCAUAUUAUCAGAACCUUUACAUGCUGUCAUUAUGGUAGAGAGAGUGUGCCUGUUCUAGUAUGUAGACCUUAGGAUUUGCCCGAAGUGGCCCCAGUGGUUCAAAAGCAGUCAAUAUGUAGUGCUGAGUUCAACUCAAUUUAUUGUUGGAGACACUAUCGGUGUGUUUGUGAAUAAGGACCCGCGUGCAAAUCAUGUUGUGUAAUGCAGAGACCUUAGUUAAGAUUCUGAAUGAACUGCUCGGUCCAGUUUGGUCAAGAGUUGUAGAAAGUGUAAUUUUGAUAAGAAUGUGCCAUGCUCUUCUCUGUGUUUUUGUGCAUACAGUAUCUAUCACAUAUAGGCUUUUCACUCUGAUUCUCUUUGGAAAGAAAAGCUGUUCUCUAGCAAAAACUAUUCUUGUGAUGUAUAACACAAUGUAUUAUAAAGACACAAAGGAAAUAUAGAUGCUUUUUUGAAACGCACCUGGAUGUACUUUUGUUUUCAAGUUCUUAUCAAAUAAAACAUUUGCAUAAAAACAUCACCAUUUA